AAAUGCCAGAUGGCAUGUUCUGUUCAAAUCAUAUUAUCGUUGUCGUCGUCAUCUCCAUAUCUAUAUCUCCAAAUCCGUCGCGUUAUUGCUUGGGUUUUUGCGUUCUUUUUGUUGUAUUCGAUCUUGUCUGCGUUUCACUUGGUGUUUCUUCUCUUCUUGAUGAAGGUACAGAGAAUAUCAUCCAGACAAUUCUCAAGCUUCAGACAAGGACAAAUUCGUCACUGCAAAAUUCCAAUACCUUGUGUUGGGAUCGAUGGCGAAAUCACAGAAGAAAUUUGACGGAGCUCCGAUGAUUAUAGCAAUGAAAGGCCAUCCAGGCACAGGAAAAAGCACUUUGGCUCAUUCCAUAGCUUCUUCCCUUCGUGUUCCUCUCAUCGACAAAGACGACAUCCGCGAUUCCACCGUACCCCUCCAACACCUCCCCACACCCACUCCCUCCUCCCUCCUCAACGACCUCUCCUACAACGCCAUCUGGCAGAUCGCCUCCACUCAGCUCCGCCUUGGCCUCACCGUCGUCGUCGACUCGCCCCUCUCGCGCCGCGCCCACCUCGAUAGCCUCCUCAGCAUCGCUCAGUCUGCCGGCGCGUGGGUCGUCGUCGUGGAGUGCAAGCCGAGCGACCAAGCUGAGUGGCGCCGCAGGCUGGAACGGCGCACCGGGGGUUCCCACAAGCCGGUCACGUGGCGGGACUUGGAGAAGCUUCUGGAAGGGUACGGUGGGUGCACGGAGUACGAUGUUAGUGAUGUGCCGAAGAUGGUGGUGGAUACCACCGCGCGGGUUGGAUUAGAAGAGCUUUGUUCCAGUGUUGUGGAGUUCAUAGCGUCUCAAGGUGGGGCGUCAGUGGAUUAUCAACAAUCCUCCAAAGAGAUUCCGCCACGUGUAGUUGACACUUGACCAGUAUAUCAUUUUCGGCCAUCGACAAGUCUAAUUGAAGAGUAGCCUACUAAAGUUAUUCCGCACCAUCUGCAAUAACCAACAAUGGCGAGAAGACCAAGCAAGAAGAACAAGACACUGAUCCAAGACGCAAGAAUCAAGCACGUCACCUUCUCCAAGCGUCGAUUCGGAAUCUUCAAGAAAGCCAGCGAGCUCUGUACCUUGUGCGCCGUGGAGAUGGUUCUCAUCAUCUUCUCGCCAGGCGGUAAACCCUACUCCUUCAGCCAUCCUUCGUCGGAAGCAGUAAUCAACAGACUCGUCACCGGUUCUGCAGAUCCAAAGAUCGAUCAUGAAGAAAGGGCCGAACGAGAAGCUAGGUUGGCUGAACUGAACAAGCACUGCUGCGAUCUGAAUGCACAGUUGAAGGAAGAGAAGAAACGAGGGAAGGAGCUGAAGAAGAGAAUGAUGAAUCUUCCAGAUAUCGAAAAGAUGAACAGAGAGGAGCUGAUGAAAAUGAAGACGUCGCUGGAAGAUCUGAGAGUCAGAGUACGCAAUCGUAAAGAGGAGCUUUUAGCAGGGAAGGCUAUGGAGGAUGAUGAUGAUCUGAGUUUAACGUUGGGUGGCGUAUUUUCUGCAGGAGAAGCUUCUUCAAGCUCAGCGAACAAGGGUGGCGGUGAUAUUAAUCUGAGUCUAUCAGCUUUUGUUCCCAGGUGAUGAUGCAUAUGCAUAUAGAGGGGAUCGAACGUUCAGCUUUUUCUCUCGUA